AUGACCGGAAGCGUCCGGAGCACAGGACUCUUAUGGCAGGUGUUAUGCGUGACCACGUGGACUCUGGCGUGUAAAGGGACUGGAGCGCAAGGGUCUGCGGCCAGUUCCAUCUCUCCGUCCACCCGCGUAGACGCUGACGUCACCGUGGCCCCUCCCACUAACUACACAGAUGUGGUAUGUUUGCCCCCAGUCCCCCCACGGUGGGGUUCAUUCUCCAUGGUGAAGGCAGCAGGACUGUCUGAAGGCACCGCCCUGGUGUUCUGGUGCCAGGAGGGUUUCCAGCUGGUGGGCAGUGAGAGGAUGCGGUGUGUGGUGCAGGGUGGCGCACCACGCUGGAGUAACCACCCUCCCGUCUGUGAGCUCAUUCCCAGACCGGAGAAGCGUGGGCUGCGUCUGGCCGUGCUGAUGUCAGUGGUCAGCAGUGCCAUCAUCAUCGUUAUGUCCGCUGCCUUCAUCAUCUGCUGUCUGCAGGAGUACAAACGUGAGGAGAAGGUUGAACAGAGAGAAGAGACAAACAGGACAACUAAGCCUCAGAUCAGCCAGAGAAGUGAGUGUUGGAUAAAGAGGAAGGAGGAAGAUUGGGACACCGCUCCCUCUCCGAAGAACUACCAUCUGUCCCAGGAUCUGGUGACCCCCCUGCCUGUGGAGAGCCUCCUACAUGUGGGACAUCUCUCUGGCUACGAGAACCAUGGCUAUGAAAGUCAAGAGAGCCAACUAAAUGCCCCCAUACCAGGGCUCUACUGUGCAGAGAGCCAGGUUUACUCCCACAUGGUGCCCCAAACAGCGCCCACGCCAACUGCCCCCAGCGCACUGGGAUAUGUCCACCCCUCAACUUCUACCACACCCUUACCCCAACCUCUCCCACCCAACCUGUACCAAGCCCUCCCACCCAACCUCUACCACCUCCUUACCCUAGCCCCUCCCACUCAACCUCUACCACCCCCUUAA